AUGUUUUUAGCCAUACCAAUCCUUUCAACUACUACUGACUCCUUCACCAGGAAUCGUCCUCUUAACAACUGUUGCUCUGCACUCACAUUCCUUCACCAAGAAUCUUUCCUGAAUCAUUUUACCAGGUUAUUUGAACUACCACUGCUCUGCACACUGACUCCUUCACCAGGAAUCUUUCCAGAAACAUUUUACGAGAUCCUUUCAACUACUGCUGCUCUGCACACUGACUCCUUCACCAGGAAUCUUUCCAGGAACAUUUUAGGAUCUUGUCAAUCCAAAUAUUACUAUCCUGAAGCUGUAACAUCGAGAGCUUCGAAUACUCAUUCAUGUCGUACUGAGGGUGCUUGGAGGACACAGCCGAGUGAUUAAUCAGGGUAAACGACGACUUAAGGCCAAGUAGUCUUCAACUCUCAAGUCACUCAAGGCUUGUUCUUCAGCGAAAAUAGUCGUCCGAUCUACUAAUUAUGCUGUCCCAAGUAAAUAUCUCCGUCUUGUCGUCAGAGAAGGUGUCUACUGUGAUAUAUUAAAUAGUUA